GAGAAGAAGUCCCAGCGAUCGAGACGAAACGGACGUCCGAGAGAAGAGAAAUCUGAUUUCUCGCUUAGAUCCUACAUUUACCCGGCAACUAAAAAACCCAAAAGAUAUCACCGGCGUGAUGUUUCCAACAACAGUGGUCGUGGGUCGUACAGGUCGUUGGAAGAGGUCGAUAGACGGUCGAGGGGUCGAGAAUUUGGAGUGAAGAAAAGGCCAGGAGAUCCUGCUUUGCGAGCUCUUAUGCCAUAGGCUUGGGAGUUCAGGGGACUAUAUCAGAAACAUCUGCGUAGAAUAAAAAAGAAAAUAUUAUUAGUUCGUUGAACACAUUCGAGUUAAGCACAAACAUUCAUUGAAAAUGAUGUCCGUCAAGUUCCCCCCGCCUGUUAAAGGUAAAAAAAAGAAAGACGAGGACAUCAUGGGGAUCAUCACGGACGACGGGGAGGCCCUGGAGACGCUGAGAAAAACGAACAAGCUCCCCCAGAACCGCUACCAGUCCCUGUCCGUCCUGAUUGACGAUACCAGACGGCCGCCCAUUAGCCAAAACGAGGCUCUCUUCCAGUUUGGCUCGUACGAUGUCAAAACCCGCCUCCACCCGCCCGUGUCGAACCUGGGCACGUUCAAGUCGACCAAGACGUCGGUUAUUCAAGGUCCACCGUUGAGGAUCCCACCUGUGCCUUUUGAUGAGAUGUUUCCGCCUCUAGACUCAGGGCGCCCAGCUCGUCACCCACACAACGGCACUGUCUACCCCGUACGUCACGCCAGCGAGCCCCCCUACACGACCCCUGGGUACGAGGCCCCGGGCAUCAAGCAGCCCGUCGGCGUCGUCAGGCUUCCCAAAGUCAAGGCUAAGCCAAGCAUGGGUUGGGCGAUGGGCGCGCAGGUCGAACUCCCCACAUGGGUCUCGCCCCUGUACAAACCCUACGGCAUCGCUGGUCCAUACGGCCCCAACGGUCCAUUUUAUAGAGCUCCAAUGGAAUCCUGCGAACCCCACAUCCCUCGGGGAAUCAGGGGCGUUUAUCCUUUAAUGAGGAAAUACGCCAAGAAGAUUAAGCGCCCGAAAUUCCCAAAAAUACCUUUCCCGAGAAUACCUCUCCCGAAAAUCUCCCUUCCCGGCUUUUUGAAACCCAAGGAGAAACCGCCGGUGAAGCCCGAAGCGAAACCGGAAGACGCCGAAGCCACUGCAGAGGGAGAAAAGAAAGAAGAGGGAGAAAAGAAAGAAGAGGGAAAGAAAGAAGAGGGAAAGAAAGAAGGGGAAAAGAAAGAAGGGGGAAAGAAAGAAGGGGAAAAAGAAGGCUCCACAGCAGGCGAUUAA